AUGUGGAGUGUGUUCACUCUUUCUGACUCGCCGCCUCCUUGGCGGCCGGUUCCGGUUCCGGUUGCUAUGGCGGACCGGGACCCUCUGUCGUAUUUCGCCGGUUACGGGAGUUCGGGGUCGGAGAGCGAGUCAGAGCCGGGGCCGGAGCCGGGGCCCACGGCUGAGGGUGUCCGGGCAGGAGGAGCCCAGGCCCCGGCCCAGGCCCAGGCCCAGGCCCCGGCCUCGCAGGCCGCUCUGCCCCGGCCGGACGAGCUGUUCAGCAGCGUCUCCAGACCCAGUUUCCUGGGCGGACCCAGGAGCGGCCUCAUCAACUGGGACCAGCGGGUAGUGAGGGCCCCGGAGGAGCCGCCAAGAGAGUUCAAGGUCUGGAAAACAAAUGCUGUGCCUCCACCAGAGACAUACGCAGUGGAAGAGAAAAAGCCACCAUCAGGUGUGGACAUGGCAGUCAAGUGGUCUUGCAUGUACCAGGACAACGGGGAGGACGCUCCACAACGCAAAGCUGCCUUGCUUCCAGAAGAGCCUGAAAUCUCUGAGUCAGAUGAAGAUGAUGGGGAUGACGUGUCUGCAAAGAAACGCAAGAUUGAAACAUUUCAGCAGAAGGAGAAACGUAAACGAAAUCAGGGACAAGCCAACAGGGAGAAAAGUUUUGUUGAAGAGGAAAAGCGCAUUCUCAGGCAGGAGUUUUCCUUAAAAGAUUGAAGGCAAGGCUACCUGGACAAGUCCCCUCCCUUCUCUGGCGGGUUUACCUUACUCAGCCUGAAGACAAGCAUUGUGGAUUAAAGAUGCAGGAGCAAAACCGAUCGUGAUUGCUGUGUGGAUUAUGCAGUGGGAAAGCUGUCUAUAUUGUUCACUCGUCCUUUUCAAAUAAACAGGAGGCAAACCUUGGCACUGUGCCAACAGAAAGCAGCAGGACAUUGGUUCAAGAGUGCUGACUUUUCAGUAUGGACUUGAUACAAUUUCUUUUAAACUGAGAAGGAACUUUAGGUUGACACUUUGAUGUCGCGCAGCUUUGAUAUACACUUGCAGUGUUGAUUUAGGUAGAAACUUUGCCAGUGUUCUAGUAUUGCCUGUGUAGCAGUCCAACUGGUGUCUGUACAGAUGGCUCGAAUGUUGUGAAGCCAGUUUAGUUUGUUCCCAAUUCCAGAUAUUUUUACAACACCUCUAAUUACUGAACACAAUGUAAAAAAUCUUAGCACAGUCUACACAGACUUGUAUUCUUAUUGUUCUGGCUGUAGUAUCCUCUUGUUAGUCUAAUUAUUCAGUCACACAUAGCAUUGAAAGUCACAUGUCUGUGAUUACAGGUAAAUUCUGUCCUGAAUAGGAUGAUGUGACCAGGGUGUAUAUGAUAUGUACAGUGAAGACUGGACUUCAUAGAUGUAAAAUAGUCCCUAAUAAAUCCAAUGGGGAAUUCAGGAGAAUCAUCUUUACUUGUGAGCAGAGCUCACACCCACAUUGAACAGUAUCGAAGGAUUUAAAGCUGGAUUAAACUGAUGACGGACAAAGGAACAGAAGAAUAUUCUGAUGGGAUUCGUUGAAGAGGGGCGAAAGCACAUGUGGAGCCUAAAGAACAGUACAGCCCAUUGGGCGGAAUGGCCUGUUUCUGUGCUGUGAUGUUUUCUAAUUUGAAUUACUUCAUGUUCUUAGUUAUAGAAGCUAUGAUUCCAAACUUCAGGAAAAUGGAAUGCAACUAAAGAAGCUUGUCAUUUGUACAUAUGGGCAUGUUGACUUUAAUUAGACACAUUCCUUCUACCUCUAAUGGCUUAAGUUGAGAAAGGAUUGGGCAGUAAUUUAGCCCUCCAUUCUGUGCUGUUGUUUUUCAAGCUAAUAUUAAAAUGACAUUGCAAUAAAGUUGACGCAAACAGCA